AAAGCAAAAAAUGUUUUGAAAAUUUGAAUUUUACUUAAAAUUUCCUCACUUUUUCGAGAUUUAUUAGCUUUGAAGUCUCAUAAAUGAAGAUUAAUUAUGUUUAAACUAAUUGUUUUUUUAGAAAUGUGUUGAGGAGGGAACCGUCGAAAGGUAUAGAAACUGAUUUUAUUUUGCAAUAAGGAAGACAAAAGUUAUUUAAAAAAUACUGAAACCGCGGAGGGAAUCCCUCCCUAGGUGUGUGACGGAGGGUUAAUGAAUUCUUAAUUUAUUUCUUGAUAUUCUAAUAUUAAUAAAAAAUUAUUCAUUGAUUAUAUCCUAAAAACACUAUACAUUUUCCUAUAUAACAUUAGAUGACUUUUGUAAACAAUAUUCGUAUUAUAGAAGCUUUUUGGUGGAAUUAGGAAUGUAUUGAUGCUAUUAAUUAUGAAGGAGGACAACAAGGAAAGAUUGAAUAGCCCUUUAGAGAUAAAUUUAAAAUUGUUGUUUAAGAAUAGUAAAGUGAUAUAAAUUUCUAUAAAUUUUUAAGUAAAAAGUAAAUGGAUAGUGUUAACAGUAUGAUUUGCUUAGCAUAAGCUACUCUCAUAGUUGUUAAAAAUUGAAUUUUGAGAAUUUUUAAACCCAAAGUGAAAUAGUUGCAGACUAAUUUUUUAAGGUCAUUUCCAUCUAAACUUUUUAAAAAACUUGUGCACAAAAGAAUGUGUUUCGAAGAUGAUAUCUUUUCAUGUCUGUCUAUGUGAUCAUUUUGCUAGAAUAGGAUGAGCUUUUGAUCGGGGUUGUAAUAGUAAUUGUGUGGGGGCAAAUUUUAUUUGAAAAUGUACACAAUGGGAAGGGGGUUGAAAAUUUUGAUACAGUUUGAAAAGUAAAUUAUUUAUUUUUUUAAAACCAAACUAAGUAAAAGUAGUUCUGAAGUAAUAAUUUUAAAGCUUAUUACUAAAUUCCGCUUCUAAUUUACUUAUUUUUUAAUAGGCAGUUUUAAUCAUCAGUUUUAAAUUAUAUAAAAAACAAAUGAUAUGCUUUCAAAAGAAGAGUAACAUUCACUCUAAACAAUUAUAAUGAUUGUUUAUAUGCAUAUAUUAAUUUGAGAUUGUUUAGUAUGUGAAACCGAAAAUUUUAACUCAUUACGCAAGAACAGAAAUUGUUUUCAUUCUUUUCUUUUUCGUAUUUUGUGUUCCAUUUCGUAUUUUUUUACAUUGUUUUGUAAUUUUUGAGUGCGCGUUUGAUUAUCUUGUUUUUCGUGACAUCACAAAAAGAUUUUUCAGGCAUGGAUGCCGUAGCAUUUUUUGAAGUGGGAUUGUCUUUUUUAAGACUUUUGAAACUGCGGCAUGACAUAAACUACAAAAAAAAGCAUUUUCGAAGGUGGUGGGUAAAACCGCACAUUCAGACAUGUAUUAGAAACGAUUACGGAGCAUUUUCGACUCUAUUCUGUUAUUUUAAAUUGCAUGACCAUGAAGAGUUUUACAAAUUGUAUAGGAUGAGUGUCCCCCAAUUUGAUAAACUAUAUGAAAUUUUGAAAACCAAACUAGAAAGAUCUUCUGCAGUUAGAGAGCCUUUACCACCACAAUUGAGAUUUGCAAUAACUUUACACUUUCUGGCACACGGCGAUAGCAUCGAAACUUUGUGUAAACUUUAUUACAUCGGAAAGUCAACCGUCUAUGGUAUUUUAAGCGAUGUUUGCCAAGAUAUUUGGGACAUACUUUCUCCUGUAUAUCUUCCGGAAAAAAGUGUUGAUGAUUGGAAAGAAAUUGCGAUCGAUUAUGAGAAAAAGUGUAAUUUUCCUCAUUGCUUAGGAUCAAUAGAUGGUAAACACAUCAGAAUUACCAAGCCUCCAAAUUCAGGAAGUGCCUUUUUCAAUUACAAAAAGUACUACAGUUUCGUACUCAUGGCCAUAUGUGAUGCCCAUUAUCGCUUUACGUGGAUUGAUGUUGGCGAUUAUGGCUCCUUGAACGAUGCCAGUGUUUUUGGUGCUACUGGAUUGGCACAAGAAUUAGAAGAGAAAAGGCUUCCUCUUCCUGAACCUGAAUGUUUGCCAGGGACCCAAUCAUCAAUUCCAUACUUUCUGAUUGGAGAUGAGGCAUUUAAAUUACGUCCUUACAUGAUGCGUCCAUACCCGAGAAGAUUGGUCACAACAUCUAGAGAAGAACUGUUUAAUUAUUGAUUUAACAUGGAUUCAACCGACAACAACAACGCCAACAGCUUGUCCAGUCUCCCCGAGAUUCCAAUAACUCGAAUCUCUGCGAUCUCUGAUAAUGGAAGCCAACUGGAGUUCGACCAGCAAUUAUCCGGUUUCAUGAUGUUAAAUAAAGUAAACCUUGAAUACAUCGUGAAUUCGCGACAAGAGUUUUCUGAACAGCUGAUAGAAGCUAACCAAACUAUCAGCAUACUUCGCGAAAAACUUGCUGCAGCCGAAGCAACACCGUCCACCAGUGGUAUCACCGACAUGGCUGCGCAUUAUAAAAUGUUGUUAGAUUUGGUCCAAGAGAAGCAAAACCUCGCAGAUCAACUUGCAAAACAUAGAGAAGAAACUGCUCAACAGCUUUCAAAAAUGAAGAGGAAAUUGACCACUUCAAGUCCGAAGCCGCGAAACUAAAGCAGAAAGCCGAUUCUUACGAAGCAGACUACUACUCGCUAUUAGAUGACUACAACUACACAGAAAAAUUGUAUCACCGCACCCGCGAUCUUUUCAGACACAAAAAUUCUGAAGUCUUCAAGAUGCAGUCAGAACUUCGCGAGAUAAGAAUUCGACCAAGAGCCAAAGAAAUUCCAUCCAAGUCGUUGUCCCGCGCAGAAAUGGCUCUGCGAACAGUAACAAAUACGCAGAGACCACUGCGAGAACCAACCACGGAAGCCAGCAGUGAUAUUUCCACUCUGAGAGAUUCCGCAAUGCGAUAGCCGUCUCAGCGCUACCACUUCCAGAGAUUGCCAUCGAGAACGAGACCCGAGAUCCAAACAAAGUUCUCUCACCGUUCGACUCAGAUGACAACAACGCUGAAUUGUGAAAAACAUUGUCUCAAGCCUACGAACUAGAAAUCAACGACGAAGAAGAAGAGUGAAUCGCGAAAAUACGCAAAAAAAACUAUAACAGUGCUUAAAGACACUUUUUUGUAUUAUUAAGUGCUGUGAAUAUCAAUAAGUGUUCAA